UAUGACUCGACUUAAAAAUAAAAUAAUUAUUCUGUUCAGACAGCCCCAAAAAUUUAAUUAGUUUACCUUGCAAGCAUGGUAAAAAAAUCCCAUGACGUUGCCUAUAAUUCUCCGCAUCUAUCCCUUCACUGGAUCUACCUCUUGCUGCUGCAGCAAAGGCCUUCAUGGUUUUUGUAGCAGCACUUGGGAAAGUCCCAGUGAGAAAGAGGGCAAGCCUAUGUAAAACGGAUUUUGUUUGGGCGGGUUUAGGGAUUUGAUUCAAAAAUCAGAAGGAAAUUAAUACCCAGAUAAUGGGUCAGAAUCUGAGUUGUAGGGUAGCCAGUGAACAAGCCCUCGAUGUCGCAGUACAGGAGGGGGAUUUGGCUAUAGUUGAGGCUCUGCUUGACAAGGAACCCGCUUUAAUCAAACAUUCUACAGUUUUCCAAAAACUGUCUCCCUUGCAUAUAGCUGCUGCCAAUGGCCAGAUCACAAUUUUGUCAAUGCUGCUGGACAGGGGCAUGCACACUGAUGUGUUGAAUAGAAAUAAACAGACUCCUCUGAUGAUGGCUGCAAUGUUCGGGAGAGUUUCCUGCAUUGAGAGACUCCUGCAAGCUGGUGCGAAUGUUUUGUUGUUUGAUUCAUUGCAUGGGAGGACUGGCCUGCAUUAUGCUGCAAAUUAUGGGCACACUGACUGCUUGGAAGCUAUUCUUUCGGCUGGACAGUUAGCCCCUGUAUCAGAUUCGUGGGGAUUUGCUCGGUUUGUAAAUGUUAGAGAUGGGAGCGGAGCCACUCCACUGCAUCUUGCCGCCAAGAUGGGACAUCCAGAUGCUGUUCAUUUGCUGCUAGGAAAUGGGGCUUUAGUUUGUGCAUCUACUGGAGCUAAUGGACGGCCUGGGAGCACCCCUCUGCACUUUGCUGCUAGAGGAGGCAACUUGGAUUGUAUUCGGGAAUUGCUAGCUUGGGGUGCAGACCGAAUUCAACGAGAUUCGUCAGGGCGCAUACCUUAUGCAGUAGCCCUAAAGUUUAAGCAUAGAACAUGUGCAGCAUUGCUGAAUCCUGGUGCAGCGGAGCCAUUAGUUUGGCCUUCUCCAUGGAAAUUUAUAAGUGAACUCGAUCCUGAGGCGAAACACUUACUGGAAAAGGCCUUGAUGGAGGCAAAUCGAGCAAGAGAGAAAAACAUAUUGUUUGGAUCUGCCUCUUCAGCAUCUUCUUCUACUGAUCAAGAAGACAACAUCGAUGAUUGUCUUUCUGAUGAGAGUGAGAGUGGAGUUUGCUGCAUUUGCUUUGAUCAAUUAUGCACCAUUGAAGUUCAGGACUGUGGCCAUCGAAUGUGUGCUCUCUGCACAUUGACAUUGUGCUGUCACAAUAAACCAAAUCCUACUGUAGCAUCUUCUUCUCCUCCUGUCUGCCCUUUCUGUCGCAGUAGUAUAGUACAACUGGUGGUUGUCCCUGCAAAAGAGGCCAGUGUGGAAACAGAAUCUUCAAAAGUGCACAAACCAAGACAGUCAAAAUGUCUCAGUGAAGGAAGUAGUAGUUUCAAAGGACUGUCAGCAAAAGGAUCUUUUGGAAAAUUAAAUGGAAAGGGAUCCGGAAAAUAUGCUGAUUGCAGUGAUUGGAUGGAUAAAGCCUUGGUGCCCGACUUUUGUGAAAGCUGAAAUUUGUGCCUAUGCUACAUUACUAGUGCAGUCGUGCAUCUCCAGGAUGUUUGAGGCCUUUGAUUGUAAACGAAAUGAGAACCUGAUGCAUGAAUCAAAUAAGUUCUUUUGUAUGACUCGAGAGCAACUUGAUGAGUGAAACAAAUGCUCACUAUCUAGACUGAGAUAUACGUCUUUGCCAUGUAGACAAAUUGAAGGUAAGACUAAGUUGUAUACAAGCAGAAGUGCAAUGAAAAGAUUCACGGGCUUUCAGAGAUUGGUUUCUUUAGUUUGAAAAUGGUUUCCAUAUAUCCUGAUUUGUAUUUGAGACGUACCCUUUUAUUUCUGUAGUUAGCGAAGCUAUAGACACAGAAAUGUUGUACUAGAGGUAGAAUCGUUACUUACAACUAUUAAAUGGAAGAAUGUUUUUACUGGGA